GAUGUUUCUCCACUCGCCUAACCCUCCAUGUCUGUGGUGAAGUUGAUCGAAAUAGUGCUGCCCCAGGAUGCGGUCUACCUGGCCGGCUCCUGCAUAAAAGGGCAGGUAGUUCUAACCCUGAACAGCACCCUGGUGGACCCCAUUGUGAAGGUGGAGCUCGUGGGAAGGGGUUACGUGGAGUGGAAUGAAGAAACUGGGGCAUCCCGUGAUUACAGCAGAGACAUUAUUUGCAACAACAAGGCUGACUAUGUGCACAAAACAAAGACGUUCUCAGUGACAGAUAAUUGGUUAAGUGCAGGCAGCCACACCUUUGAUUUCCAUUUCAACUUACCUCCCAGGCUUCCUUCUACCUUCACCAGCAAAACUGGCCAUGUCUUCUACUUCCUGCAAGCCUCCUGCAUGGGCCGGGAGCACAUUCUAGCGAAGAAGAGAACAUACUUGUUGGUUCAAGGGACUUCGAACUUCCACAGAGAAAACGCACCACAGAAUCCCCUGUUUGUGGAGACUGAGAAGAAGGUCUCCUACAAUUGCUGCAGCCAGGGCACCAUCUGCCUGCAGAUCCAAAUGGAAAAGGACACCUUCGUGCCAGGGGAGAGGGUCGUCUUCACCACGGAGAUCAACAACCAGACGGGCAAGUACAUCAAGACGGUCGUCUUUGCCCUCUACGCCCACGUGCGGUACGUGGGCUUCACACCCAAGGCAGAGCGGCGGUUACGGGUGGAGAGCAGUGAGCUGCUCCGGCAGGAGGUCAACACCCAAAUUACACCCUUCAACACCACCAAGAUCGUCAGCACCCUCAACCUCCCGCUGGUGCUGUCCGUGAGCAGCGACAUGCGGGAAGGCGAGAUCAUGAGCACCCAAUACGAGCUGGUCAGCACCAUCCACCUGCCCUGGUCCCUGACCAGCGUGAAAGCCAAGAUUCCCAUCAUCAUCACCAGGAACCCCUUGGACUCAGACAGCUACCAGCUACAGGAGGGGUCAGUGUUAUCCAUGAGCGAGGAUUGCCAGAAUUAAGUGCCCAAACUUUUAAAUAUUAAAAGCUAUAUCACUCUACCAGCAGCCCUUUCCUCAUCUGGCACAGGUGGCUGGCACAGGAGCCAGGGUGUGGGGAGCACGUUGCCUAACCUCCCCAAGCCCGGCCAUUUGACCAUCCAGACUCAUCUCUUCACUGGGGUCUUUCAGUGCCCAGACCAAGGGUGGUUCUGUCCACCAGGGGACACUGGAUGGUGACCUGGGGGAGGAGGUGCCCCUGGAAGUUCAGGGAUACUGCUCAACACCUCAUAGCAUCCAGGAAGGCCCCAACUCAGAGACUGACCCACACUCAAAUGUCAGCAGCGCUGAGGCGGAGACCCUGGGCUGGAGCAAUUCACGGGAGCAGGUGGUUGUUGAGUUCCAGGACUGCACCUGCAGGCCUCUCACCCAGGUCAGCUCCAGCGACCUCCUCUACUCACAGCCCUCCUGGGGCUCCAGGGCUCCCCCAGCCUCGCUCAGGGUAAAACUGAAGUCCUCCCAGCAAAAGGCAUACAUACCUGCCACGUCCAGUCCAUCGGCAAGACAUAGGGGCUCCUUCUCCUAAAUCUACCCAGAAUCCUGCUAUUUCUCUCCACUACUCUGCCUCCCCUUGGCUUCCAUCCAUCCAUCAUCAUUGUUCACCUGGGCCAGUACAGUCAGUUGCACCUGGGUCUCCUGGAUCCUGACCU